AUGAUUCCAGAUGAGGUGGACAUCUCAGUGAACGCAGUGAAAAACUGCAAGCUGAAUGGUGAUUGUUCGCCUAGCUUAAAUAAAAAAGAGAAGAGAUUGUUCAAGCCCCAUGUGGAAGUGCAGCUCAGAAAGGGAGUGGCAAAGUCGCAAAUCGAAAAGCGGAUCCCGGAAUUGGAAUCGUUCAUCAGAAAGCAGAAGAAUUUACGAAACUGGGUCCCAAGCACUGUAGAACCAUCAGAUGCAGCCAGUGGUGACAAUGACUCACUUGCCAAUCUUAUUCAUGGGAUAGUAAUUGGUUGCACAAACUUUCCCGAUGCUUGCCCUCUGAAUUCAUUGUUGGAAGACGUGAAACUCGAUGAGCAUAAUGUGCACUUCUAUCGACUUAACACCGAUGGGGCCAUGAAUCAGGCACUAUCAGUUGACGACAAUUCCGAUGACAAUUCAAUUGGUUCAAUCCUAUGGCAGUUGCCAUGCAGCGAAUUUGAAAAUCUUUGGGAAAACUUAGUCUACGAUUCCGAUCUGAAAAACGAGCUUAUGUCGUAUGUACAUGCCUUAAUUCAACUCUCUGACAAAGGAGCCGACAUGAAAGUGAUAAAUGUCAAUCACCUCAUUAUUCUACUCGGUCCUCCUGGUACUGGAAAAACAUCGCUUUGUCGUGGCAUAGCUCAACAUCUAUCCAUUCGACUGAACUCUCGAUUUUCUAGUUCCGUAAUGGUGGAGAUCAACAGUCAUAGCUUGUUUUCUAAGUGGUUCUCUGAGAGUGGCAAACUCGUCUUGAAAAUGUUCGAUCAAAUCGAUGAAUUAGCAGAAGAUGAUAGAUGCAUGGUAUUUGUGCUUAUCGAUGAGAUCGAAUCCCUCGGAAUGUCACGUGAUGCUUCAACUAGUAGAGGUGAUCCAGCCGAUUCUAUUCGUGCGGUCAAUGCUCUGCUAACUCAGAUUGACAGAAUUAGGCGGAGAACAAAUGUAAUCGUUCUUUGUACAUCCAAUAUGGAAGGCUGCCUUGAUCGAGCGCUUCUGGAUCGCGCUGAUGUCGUAAGACAUGUAGGACAACCCUCAGCGAACGCGUUGUAUUCGAUCCUCUCUAAAUGCGUCGGAGAGCUUAUCAGAAUCGGUCUUGUGGUGACUGACGAACAGGUACCCUCUAUCAGAGAACUUAAAGCUAUAGAACCAGAAUGUUCGGUAGGGCGUGAACUGAUGGAAUUAGCUGUAUUGGCUCUAGGUUUAAGCGGACGAUCUAUACGUCAGGUCCCAGCCUUAGCAUGGUCUAAAUCGGACGAGGAAUCGGUUUCCCUUUCUACAUGCUUAUCACUGUUCAAGGAGGCGAUUUUGGAGAAAACUGAAUUGCGAAGAUAA